AUACUUACUAAAUAUUCACAAUUUCAGCUAGUUAAUGCAGAACAUCCUAAAUCAGAUGAAUUAAUUGUCACGGUGAAUGUACCACAAAAUGAUCCAAUGUUUGAACCCAAAGAAGAGAUUCCAGAGUAUAAACACCCACACUAUGACAAAGAAGUUUUAGCUGGAAACAUGGCUGACUUGUUCACUUCCAACCGACAUUACGAAUAUCCCAAUAAAUAUGACGAUUUGAGCAGAAGAGCUGAUAAUAUAAUUGUACCAAUAGAGGCUCCUUUGGACGUAGUUCUUCAAGUGGCUGAGCAGGCAGCAUUAAUGCCACCAGCUGUCAAUCCCGAUGAGUUUGUGGUCGAUAAGAAAGCUCUUAGAAGCGGUAAUUACUGGGACAGUUACUACAAGGAAGACGGAAUUAUUGAUGUUCUAAAUCCCGCUUCGUAUCCUUCACGUUCAGGAAUUAAACGAAACGUCGAUGAAAAUAGUGAAGAUUCUGGUUCUGAUACUGUAUAUGAAGAUUUGAGUGAUAAUCAUAAUCCUCAUGUGCUGGCAAGUACCAAAAAAAGCAAAGUAUAUAAAUUAGUAGCUAGUAUUUUAUUUAACCAUUAUUUACACUAUUCGGCUGACUAUUCGGCUAGGCAGAAGCAACUUCGACAAGGAGGCUGCAAGGCGCAUCCAACUGGGUUGGGCUGCAUUCGGGAAAAUUCGUCGAUGUUCUCCUCGGCCAUUCCUCAGAGCCUGAAGACAAAAGUCUUCAACCAGUACGUCUUGCCAGUGAUGAAGUAUGAUGCAGAGACGUAGACACUGACGGUAGGACUGGUCCGCCGAUUUAAAGUCGCUCAGCGUGCUAUGGAGAGAGCUAUGCUUGGGGUUUCUCUGAUGGAUCGUAUCAGAAAUGAGGUUUUCCGUCAGAGUUCCGGCAGUCGAUAGGCUUUCAUUUACUAACC